AUGGUAUUCAACUGCUCGGUAGAGAUCACCCAACUCGACCCCUGGCAAUUGGCCCAAAUCUACCCACCUCCAACCACCACCUUGGCCCCAAUCCCUCGGUACAUUACCGAGUUGGAGAACUUGUUCGAUAUGAAUACGAUUAUAUAUUGUACCGUUAUUCUGGUACUCUUUAUUAUGGUGCUGCUGAUGUGCUGCAUCCCAUGUUGCUUCAAGAAAAGAGAGACCGUAGUGAGCAGGAAGAGCUCUGUUAAGGAAGUGAGUUUAACUUUAGAUCUUGAUAAGUUGAAGCUUGAAUGCUUUCUUUAAAAUUUAAAAUAAUUAGAGUUUUCAAAUAAUUCUGUGCCCAUUUCAAAACAAAUUUUGGAUUUUAAAGGCGCCGAAGUAUUUGAACAACCUAAUAGAUAGUUAACUCAAACUAACAUCAUAAAAUAAUAUAGUUGAACCAAAAAAUACCAUAGUUAAAGCAAACGAUAACCAAUAACUUAUGAAAAACUAUAUAAAAAUAGAGUUUAUGUUCAUACACAUAAAGUAGAACGUAUUAAAUUAUUAAUCUUUCAGUUCUUCCUAACAUCGACCGAGGUUGACCCAGAAGAAAGCUUGUAUGGAAGCUUGCCGUCGACAAGGCCAACCUACAUCAGAAACAGGCCAUUGGAUGCUAGCAUUAUUGUUUAA